GCCUGCAUAUCCGCAUGUUUCAAGCGCGUACACCGCCUUGAUAGAUGCCAAUUUCUUAGGUUCCAAAAUCCACGAAUUCAAGCCACUGGCAAAUUUUGAAAGGAGGUUUGCUACCAAGAAAUCGAACCUCCUCCAGAACCUGCUCCAGAAAUAUUUAAGCGUUGCUUUCCCAGGACCAUCUGCCCUCCCACCUGUUGACAGCAUUGCUGCUUUUGAGGUGUUUCAAUGCUGCACCUGGCACCACCACCCCGUAAUGCUUUUGAAGGUUCCUGAGUUCAAUUGAGAUCAGGCUUGAAACUUGCUGAAUUCUUCUGUGGCGCCCUGCAAUUUGUAAAGUCUUCAAGUGAUAAGUGGAGUGGUAAGUGCAUAAAGGCACUAGAUUCAACUCAUCAAACUCAGGCAGGUGCGCUGAUCGCUGGGGCGGUCAGAUUCUCGAGACGAUUGUACGCGGACGGAGGAUGGGGUCCAUAGCAAGGAGAGAGCUGGUCAAUCUGGCCGCUCUGGCAUCCAGGCUUUUGCAGGCUGGUAGACGUUCUGGCGCUGUCGAGGGGCCUGCAAGCUCAGCUGUAGGUGCUGGGAUGCACGGAAGGCUGCUGCAUUCCAGUGGUGCAGCAUGUGCGCAGAGUGCGGCGGCGCCAGCCUCCGCUACAGAUGACAGGCCGAUCGGCAAAGAGGGUGCACUCAGUCUGGAAGAUUGCUGCUUCAAAGAGAUGGAACUUGUGGGGGUCGGUUACAGAGCAUCGGUGAAUGAACGAGAUCUGGUGAUGAACCUGGGUUACAGUCAUCCAGUUAUUUUAAAAAUUCCAGAGGGUUUGACAGUCAAAGUAGAGAGAAAUGUUAGGGUAACAAUAGCGGGUUAUGACCGAGAACUGAUAGGGCGUUUCUGUGCAAACAUACGGGACCAACGACGUCCAGAGCCAUACAAGGGCAAGGGUAUCCGGUACUCAGAUGAGAUUAUCACCAAAAAGGUUGGGAAGAAGAAGUAGACAAUUCACUGCAUCCCCACUGGAUCUGAUACAGGCGUGUGUUUGUUGUUUCUCCUAUUGACCUGUGGCAAGUGUGAGACACUGAGAUCUCAACUUCAGACAAUUCUAAUCGGACCCUUUGAGCAAUUGUAUUUGCCAUGCAGCUCGAUGUCUGCUUGAACUUGAAGCGGACUCUGAUCGUUCAAUGAUCAAUUACGAGAUUUGGAACGUACGGAAAAAAAACUGCAGAUCAUUCCCCC